GCGGUGGCAUUGCGCUUGCCCCCUCGCUACAAUCCCUCAAAAACCCUAAAACCUUGUCAUGCAUUACUACCCACCCAGAAAUGAGCUCAAGUCGCAAUAAUUAUACCCCAAUGCAUUAAAAAUCCCUGAACUUUUAAAUGCUAGAAGUGUGAAUUUUAGCGAAACAAUGACCACCAUUGACACUCUGUUGUCCACUAGGGUUUAUCUUCACAAACCGUACCAAAAAUCCUUGAAAUGCGCUCGAAAAUUUCGACCAAAGACGCCAUUUCCUCACCGAUCGUUCACAGUUUUGUGCGGCUUGAACUCAAGUUCCGCUUCACAGUCCAAUGAAACUAAAAGAGAUGAUUUUGUCACUAGAAUUUUGAAGCAAAAUCCUAGCCAAAUUGAGCCCAGGUACCUAAUUGGCGAUAAGUUUUACACUUUGAAGGAGAAAGAGAAUUUGAGCAAGAAUCAGAACAUGGGUUUUAUUGAAUUUUUAGCGAAGAGAUUGAAUUUCAGUGCACAACCGAAGAAAGAAAGAAAUAAUAGAGAAAAUGAGGAGGAUGCUGUGUAUUUGAAAGAUAUUCUGAGGGAAUAUAAGGGCAAGCUAUAUGUUCCUGAGCAGAUUUUUGAGGCAGAAUUAUCUGAAGAAGAGGAGUUUGAUAGGAAUUUGGAGGAGUUGCCCCAAAUGAGCUUUGAGGAUUUUAGGAAAGCAAUCAAUACUGAUAAGGUUAAGUUGUUGACGUCGAAGGAAGUUACAGGCAGUACUUAUGGAAAUCGUUAUAGAGCCUUUGUUGUGGAUUUGAAAGAAAUUCCAGGGGAGAAGAGCUUACACAGGACAAAAUGGGCAAUGAGACUAGAUGAGAAUGAAGCUCAAGCACUUUUGGAGGAGUACAAGGGUCCACAAUUUGAAAUAGAAAGGCACAUGAAGUCUUCAGUGGGAAAGUUGCCAGAGUACCCUCAUCCAGUUGCAUCUUCCAUAUCUAGCAGAAUGAUCGUAGAGCUUGGAAUGGUGACAGCUGUGAUGGCUGCUGCUGCUGUUGUAGUUGGAGGAUUCCUAGCUUCUGCAGUGUUUGCUGUUACCAGUUUCAUCUUUGUGACAACUGUAUAUGUUGUAUGGCCUAUGGCCAAGCCAUUUCUUAAGCUAUUUCUUGGUAUCAUCUCUGGCAUUUUAGAGAGAAUUUCGGAUUAUCUUGUUGAUAUUUUGAUUGAUGGAGGAGUCUUCUCUAAAUUGAGUGAAUUUUACACUUUCGGUGGUGUAUCUGCCAGCAUUGAGAUGCUAAAGCCUAUCAUGCUUGUGCUUUUGACCAUGGUUCUUCUAGUUCGUUUCACACUUUCAAGAAGACCUAAGAACUUCAGGAAGUGGGAUUUAUGGCAAGGAAUUGAUUUUUCACGUUCUAAAGCAGAAGCUCGCGUUGAUGGUUCAACUGGAGUUAAAUUUAGUGAUGUUGCAGGGAUUGAUGAAGCAGUGGAGGAACUUCAGGAGUUGGUAAGGUACUUGAAGAAUCCAGAACUGUUUGAUAAAAUGGGGAUAAAGCCUCCACAUGGAGUACUUUUGGAGGGUCCUCCUGGAUGUGGCAAGACCCUGGUUGCCAAGGCCAUAGCUGGUGAAGCUGGAGUUCCGUUUUACCAAAUGGCUGGGUCUGAAUUUGUUGAAGUGUUGGUUGGUGUUGGUUCUGCUCGUAUCAGGGAUCUAUUCAAGAGAGCCAAGGUCAAUAGACCAUCAGUCAUUUUCAUUGAUGAAAUUGAUGCAUUGGCAACUAGGCGACAAGGGAUUUUCAAGGAAUCCACUGAUCACCUCUAUAAUGCUGCAACUCAGGAAAGAGAAACUACGUUGAACCAGCUCUUGAUAGAGCUUGAUGGAUUUGACACUGGCAAAGGCGUUAUAUUUUUAGCUGCUACGAAUCGUAGAGAUUUAUUAGAUCCUGCUCUUCUUCGACCAGGUCGUUUUGAUCGCAAGAUAAGGAUUCGUCCUCCUAAUGCUAAGGGGAGGUUGGAAAUUCUGAAAAUUCAUGCAAGCAAAGUGAAAAUGUCAGAGUCUGUUGAUUUAUCUACUUAUGCAAACAACUUACCUGGAUGGACUGGAGCAAAGUUGGCUCAGCUGGUCCAGGAGGCUGCUCUUGUGGCAGUCAGGCAAGGACAUGCAUCAAUUAUUCAGUCAGACAUGGAUGAUGCAGUUGACCGACUUACUGUGGGACCAAAGCGUGUUGGAAUAGAGUUGGGUCAUCAGGGACAAUGUCGAAGAGCUACUACUGAAGUUGGAGUUGCCAUGAUUUCUCAUUUGCUUAGGCGAUAUGAAAAUGCCAAAGUUGAAUGCUGUGAUCGCAUUUCAAUUGUCCCCCGCGGUCAGACAUUAUCACAAGUUGUGUUUCAUCGGCUUGAUGAUGAAUCAUACAUGUUUGAGCGUCUUCCACAGCUGCUGCAUCGCCUUCAGGUUUUUCUUGGAGGGAGAGCAGCUGAAGAGGUCAUUUAUGGGCAGGAUACAUCGAAGGCAUCAGUUGCCUAUCUUGCAGAUGCAUCUUGGCUUGCUCGUAAAAUCAUAACCAUAUGGAACUUGGAGAAUCCAAUGGUCAUACAUGGAGAACCACCUCCUUGGAGAAAGAAAGUUAGAUUUGUGGGCCCACGACUGGACUUUGAAGGAUCACUUUAUGAUGAUUAUAACCUAAUUGAACCCCCUGUCAACUUCAAUUUGGAUGACCAAGUUGCGCAGAGAACUGAGGAGUUGAUACGUGAUAUGUAUGGAAAAACUGUUUCUUUGCUAAGAUGGCACCAUACCGCUUUGGUCAAAGCUGUGAAGGUUCUUCUUAAUCAGAAGGAAAUCAGUGGAGAAGAAAUUGAUUAUAUUUUAAACAAGUAUCCUCCGCAAACGCGCUUAAGUCUUCUUUUAGAGGAAAAAAAUCCGGGAAGCCUUCCUUUCACCAAAGAAGAACUAGGGGGCGAAUUAGAUCAUGCCCUGCUAACUUCAUCAGAAGGAAAAACCCUAUGAACAAGAUACAACAGCUUUCUGUCAUGCAUGCGAACAUAAGCUGCUGCACUGGAACCUUAUUGCUGCUGUUUGAGAGUAUAAAUGGGAUGCACAUGGAAUUUUAAUUGUCUAUUAAAACUGCUGAUUGCAAGUUAUUUCAUAAUUUAUAUAUUUACAUCUUUGCUCA